GCUCAUCUAACAAUGUCGGAUUGCGAAGGAAAGAGUUCAUGGCCGGAGCUGGUGGGAGCGAACGGAGAAGCUGCAGCGGUGACGAUUGAAAGAGAGAAUCCACGUGUCGACGCGAUGGUGAUACUGGACGGAACUCCGACGCCUAGGGAUUUCCGGUGCGACCGUGUGUGGGUGUGGGUGAACUCUAGUGGGGUCGUUAUUCGAACUCCUAAUAUUGGCUAAGUUCACCGGUGCCCCCUACACUAUUCAUAAUUAAUAGAAUUCGUCCCUCUUAUGUAAAAUUUAUGGCUCUGUUGCUAUUUAUGAGCUACGUUGAUGUUUUGAGGGAAAAAUAAGGUGAAUUGUAAGAAUGCAUUAAUAAAUAAAAUGUGCAAC